CCGCGUGGGAGGAGGAACGCCGAGCCAGUGGAGUCCGGGAAGUCGAGCAGCGCAGACGCGUUGUGUGGCUCUUCGCGCUUUACGUUUUCUUCCGACCAUCUCUUCGUGCUACGUAUCAUCUCUCUCGGUGAACCAGAAGAGACGUACAUACACACACGCGCGCGCACACACACACACACACACAUAUACGUUUCGGGAGUGAGAAGUAGCCGAGAAAGUAAAAUAAUUACGGGAUAACGACGCGUCUAACCUCCUCUCGAGGUCUACGCUUCCGUCGAUCGCUGCCCCGCGCGCGCGCGCCCGCCCGCCCGCCCGUCAUGUCGUCGAGCAAACGACUCGCGUCUCGUUGAGAGAACGCUUUUCCGAGAGAUAAAAUAGAACGCGGACGUGAACGAGGACCUAGUGGUGGUGCUGGUGGAGGAGGUGGCGGCAGCGGAGGUGGUGGUGUUGGCCGGAGGAGGAAGAAAAGAAGAAGAGAAACGCAAAGACGUUAGAAAGAAAGGAGCGAGCGAGGUGUCGCGCGAGAAGGGAUGCCUGCGAAGGGGGAGAGGGGUAAGGCGACGGACUUUAGCAUCGCGGCCAUCAUGGCGCCCAGGGGUCCGUCCUUCGGGCAUUACCACCUGCAGGGCAUCGGCAACGCCGCCACCGGCCUCGAGUGUCCUACCGCUAAAGGAUUCGUCGCUGGAUCGACCCUCGAUCAUCGCGCGAGAACAUCGCCGGUUAACAUCGUAGCGACUGCCACCGUGGUGACCGACGACGAGGCCCUGUUGGUCGAGGAGGAGGUCGAGACGUGCGAGGGCGAGAGCGAAGGAACGGAAAAGUCGACCAACGAGGAGGACGAGGAGGUCGACGUGGACGUCGACGUCGAGGAGUGUAGCAGCGUCGAGGACGGACCCGUUCACGGGCUUCCGGACGAUCUCAGUACCGGCUCUUCCUCCUCCUCGUCGAGGAAAUACGACGGGGCUAAUGGCGUGCCCGGGUGCAACGAGCAUCACGAGAGAAAGCACAGACUGAGGACGAGCUGCAACUCCGACGAGCUCCGGGACGUCGAGUGUCAGCUCGAGACCAAGGAUUUGUGGGAUAAGUUCAACGAACUCGGGACGGAGAUGAUCAUCACCAAGACCGGACGCCGGAUGUUUCCCACCUGUCGCGUCUCCUUUCGAGGAUUGAAGACGGAAGGUCGUUAUGCGGUACUGAUGGACAUAGCACCGGUCGACAAUAAGAGAUAUCGAUACGCCUAUCACAGAAGCUGUUGGCUCGUGGCCGGGAAGGCCGAUCCACCGGCGCCACCUCGUCUCUACGUUCAUCCGGAUUCACCGUUCACCGGGGAUCAACUCGCGAAGCAAGUGGUCUCCUUCGAGAAGGUUAAGCUGACCAACAACGACAUGGACAAGCACGGCCAGAUCGUAUUGAACUCAAUGCACAAGUAUCAACCCAGAAUACAUUUGGUGAGAUGCAAGCAAACGGACGACAACAAUCUCCAGAUCAAUGAUCUUCGAAAAGAAGAACACAAAACGUUUAUUUUCCCUGAGGCGAUCUUCACCGCGGUCACAGCCUACCAAAAUCAGCUGAUCACGAAGCUGAAGAUCGACAGUAAUCCGUUCGCGAAGGGUUUCAGAGACUCCUCGAGGUUGACGGAUUUCGAUCGAGAUCCUAUGGAGCUGAUGGAGCAACAGCUGGUGAGAUGCGGAGUACCACCGGUGAGAUUGUACGAGCAUCUCGCGAUAUCUUCGCCGGCAGCAGCGGCAGCGGCGGCGGCCGCGGCGGCCGCCGCCGCUGCCGCUGCCCUCGGUGCCCAACAGCAGCAACAGCAUCAGCAUCAGCAGCAUCAGCACCAGCAUCAACACCAGCAGCAGGCGCAGGAGAACGGAGGACACGCGACGGCCGCGGCUUUGGCACCGUGGCUGACGGCGGCAGCGGGUGCUUCUACGGCCCUACUUUACGGCGCUGCCGUCGGACAGACGCACCCUGCGAGCAGAGCUGCCACCGGCUCACCCUCUCCCUAUCAUCCCGCGGCGGCCUCGACUUUUCCCUACCCGACUGCCCUAGGCUGGUCGUGGCAACCGCCACCGGUCGCGAUCAUCUCCCGACGGACCUCGCCACCCUCUGCUACCCUCAGGUACGCGCCCUAUCCUCAUCCCAGCGGUACGCCACCGCCUACGACCCUACGCGCACGCCCGUCCACCCCCAAUUAGCGAGCCUUACGCCGUCUCUCUGCUUCUUCUCCGACCUUGCUCCUUGAAGAAUAACAUUUCCUCUAUUCCCACGAUCCUCCCCUGCGUGUACCUAUGUAACAUACGAUGGCCAAGUUUUUACGUUAGUGAAAAUGGAGACGUUGUAAAUUCCUAAAAGUAAAUGUUAAUGCGUUCUUUUCUUUCCGUUAAUCAUAGUCUAGUCUCGCGCGAAGAAAAUUCGGCGAUGCGUCAAUCGGGAAAAAUCAAAAGGGGAAAAAAGAAAAAGGCAAAAAAAAUAAUAAGGAAUAAUAAAGAUUAAAAAAAAAGAAAAAAAGAAAAAAAAAGAAAAAAGAAAAGAAAAUAAGAAAAAAAUUAAUAAAUAAAUAAUUAAAUAAGAAGAAAGAAAGAAAGAAAGAAAGAAAGAAAAAAGAAAAACAUCCAUUCGACUCGUUGUUGUCUUUCGCACGCGGCCAAAGAGAAAGAACGAUCUUUCUUAUUUUUUACUUUUUUGUUCUUUUUUCUUUUCUCUUUUUUUUUUUUUCUUCUUCUCUCCACUCCUCGCGGAACUCCCAACGUCUCCCUAUUUAUGUAGACGUAAUUCCACGUAGGUGUGUCUUGUUGUAAUCUUAUCGAUACGGAAGGAAACGAGCGACGAGCAGUUAUUAAAUUCUAAUGCAUGAGAGAGUUUUAUCCGCCGAAGCCGCUUCGGAGGACGAUAAUUGUAAAGUAGAAAGUGCAAAGAAGGAAGUAGUCGUUGUUUCGCUUGGAACGAUACGAGCUUUCUUCUACGUUAAUUCAACGCGUAAAACUUUUGUAUAUACAAGAGUAUCUAUAUUGAUAUGUAUGAUAUAUUUCUCGUACGCUUCGAGCGAAGAGCGCGCGUCCGUUUUACGUGUAUGUGCGUCUUGCUUGCGUGUGUUGCGUGAACGUCAGAGUACGAAAGAGAGAAAGACUCAAUAGUUGUAUCAUAUACCGCGAUAGUAUUAAUGCGUCUUCCUCGAAGACGACGUAAUUUGUACAUAAAGAAUUUCCGAUGGUAGUGCAUAGUUUCAACGCCGUAUUAUUUCUCGAUGUAGCAGAAAAAAAAAAAAGAAAAGAAAAAAAAAAAGAAAAAUAAAAUGAAUUUUCAUUAACAUUUCGCAUUUUUAAGGAGAAAUGGACGAGCUUAGCGACGGGCUUCGUCGUCGCUCGAGGGUAGGUAAAGAAAACAAUUAUUUUCUCUUGUUACGCAUUUAGAAAAGGUUUUUAGCCAAACCCACUUUCCACGAAGAUUUCUACCUACGUACAAUCUACGAAGCAAUGGACAACAACGAGCACGGAAGAACGCUAAAGAAACGGAGAUGGCCGAGAUUACGUUGGUACGGAG